CCGCUUACGUUGCUGUGUGCCCGGCCGGCGUGUUUGUGCAGGUGUCUGGUUUUCGCCAUCGCUGUGGGCGUCCUCAUGCUCUGCCGCCGUGGCGGCGGUGGCGGUGGUGACAGCGGUGGUGGCGGCCGCGGCAGUUCCUCCGGCAUGGGCGGUCGGUUCGGCGGCAGGGGCGCGCUGGCGAAGGAAGCGGUUAAGUGUGCCCCAGUCAACGGCGGUAGGUGCGGUGUGGGUCGUGUGGAGGCCGGUAAAGGUGUGCCCGUCUGGGAGAGUGCGUUGGGCAGCGGUAAGGGGAGCGGUGCUGUUGUGGGUUUUGGCUCGGGCUCGGGUUUCAGCGUGGAGUGCGAGAGUAAGGCGGUUGAGGGCUAUCCUGUGCCGCCUGUGGGCCCGUGGCCACUUGUUUUUUAAUGUGUUGGCGUCAAUAACACAGGUGCGGUCCGGAGUGAGGAGCUCGCGGAAGUCGCUGGUGAGUUCAAGGAGGGGUUGAAUCAAUCGAAAGGGUACGGCCUGUUCCGCGUCGGCGCCUGGCGGCGCGGUGCGUGUAAGGAGGGCCGACAGACCGUGGAGCGUGGUGUGGUAUGCGCUGCCCUUUUGGGUCAGCUCCAGCCCCGCGUCUUUGAUCAGCGAGAGUUGUCGUAGGUUGGUGUAAAAGCGGCACUGCGUGUGGAGUUGAUCUGCGGGCACUCUCUGUGCCACACUGUGUUGCAGGUGGAGCAUGGCGCGGGUGACGGCACCCAGUCUGCCCCCAUCGUUUAAGGCCUGGACGAGGGCCUUGCCUGCGCGGCGGACAUAUAGCUCGCGGAUGCUACCUACCCCCAGGCCAAGGGUGUUAGUGGGCUGGAGGAUAGCGCGGGUGGGGAAGCCGCGUUUCAGGCCGUAGCACAUCUUUGCAGUGCUUGCAAUGAGCGCAUCGAGGCUGGCCACGUCGUGUGUGCUGUACGGCAUGAACGGGAGGCUGUAGGCCACUGCUGGGUGGAUGGUGAAUUGUAUCAUCCGGAGUUUCUGGUCCGGUGUGGCGAGUGAUGUGGCGAUGCGUUGCCCUCGCUUCUUUAUUUUUUCCCGGAUGUACUGCACUUGUGCACUCCAGUCUAGGGUAGGGGUGAUGUGGAUGCCAAGGUAUUUGUAGGAUUCAUGGGGGGGCUUGUAUGGGAUAGCGGUGCCGUCUAUGCGGAUUUGGCCUUCAAGCAUUCUGGCGAGCGCUGCCUGGUGGGGCUUGCUGCGGGGGCCACCGAGGGUGGGAUCGGCGCGGGCGCGGCCGUGGAGUAUGCCUUGUAGUUGGCAUUUGGAGACGUUGACUUUGAGGCCGCCCCAUGCUGCAUAUUUCUCAAUUUUUUCAACUUGGAUUCGUAGGUUUGAGAUUUGGGUUGUGGCGGUGACUAAGUCAUCGGCGAAGGCGCCUGAGCUGAGGUUGUGUUUAUCAUUCUCGGCUUUGGUGAGACAUCCGUAUUGGUAUCCGCGCCCGCCAACAUGGAGCCACCGGAGCAGCGGUUCGAUAAAGAUGAUGAACAGUAGUGGUGACAGGACAUCGCCCUGUACCGUGCCGCGUUGGAUAGGGAUAGGGGGUGUGGUUCCAUGUUCAGUGCGCACGCUGGUGGCUGCCUUGCCGUAUAGGUCCCGUACCACCUCAAUCAGAUCGGUGGGGUAGCCUAGGUCGUGCAUGACAAUGAGCAGUUUGUCGUGGUCUAUCGUGUUGAAUGCGGAGGUAAAAUCAAUGUACAGUAGGAAGAGGUCGCGUCCGGUGGUGGCGGCGUCUUCUAUGGCGUGGAGUAGAUUUUGGACUUGCCGUUCGGUAUUGCGGCCUCUGAGAAAGCCUUCUUGUGACUCCAUGAAGAUGUGGGCUUGUUCGCUAAACAGGGCGGCAUUCACAGUGAUGAGGGAGGUAUACAGCUUGUAGAGGGUGUUCGCCAGCGCGAUGGGCCGCUUAUUCUGUAUCAGCAGGGGGUCUCCCUUCUUGGGUAGGAGGACGGUGUCGGACUGUGUCCAGUGUGUAGGGAUGUGCGCUUUUACCCACAUGAGAGUCAUGAGUUGGUGUAUGGCUGUUUGUAGGCUGGUGGGUAUUGUCUGGAGUAGUUCGUUCGGUAUUCCGUCGGGUCCCGGGGCCUUGCGACGAGACAGGUGGUUGACGCAGCCAAAGAAUGUGGUGCUGUCAGCAAUACCUGGCAGUAAGGUGGCGGGUGCGUCGGUUGGCUUAGAUAGGGCCGGCAUUCGGUCGGGUGCGUCGGGCCGGCUCCAGGGGUACUGUUUCUCGCUGUCGGGUAUGUUGUAUUGUCCUGUGCGGGGGCCGUUGAUGGGUAGGAGUUGGGCGGUGAAGUGCUGGUGGAUACUGUUUAGAAUUUUUUCGGGCUUGGUGUGGACUUCUUUGGUGAUGGGGUCAGUGAGGGCGGGCGUGCCACGUGGUUGGUCCGUCUCAUCAAAGAUCUUCUGGUGUGCACGCUUUGGCUGUGUUGCAACCAGUCGUCGGAAGGCGCGGGCUGCACGUUUGGUAUUGAGUUUUCUUGCUUCCUUUUUUGCGGUGCGAAGGAGGGUGCGUGCGUUGAGUAGCUGACUCCUGAUGGCGGUGGGUGUGUCCUCGUCUGCGGGGGCCGGGGCAGGUGUGGGGCUGGUGGUGUUGGGCGGGGGCGUCGGGGUGGGGUGAGGCGUGGCGGUGGGUGGGAUGGCGCCCGCUGCGUUUGUAACAGUAAGGGCGGCCGUGAGUUUUUCUUUGAGCUGGCGGGUGGCAUUCAGGAGGCGUGUCACGGUUUUGGACGUGUGGCGUCGUGGGCUUGUAGUGCUGGCACGUGGGGGUUUCUUGUCGCAGUAGGUUUUGAGAACAUCCAGGCACUUUUGGAGAAUGGUUUCGAGUGUGUUGCUGAUGGACGUGGUGUCGGCAGCACUAACUUCGGGAAGGGCACGGAACUCCGCAGGGCUUGGGGUGUUCCGUUCGGCUUGGGCGGGGGUGAGGCCGGCAGGGUAUAGCUUG